UACUAUCAACGAAAGGAAUGAACACCUAACUCUAGAUUUUCUUCUAUUUCGUUUUCGAUUACGGUUACGUUCGGUACGGUUUUCCGCUCGCGAGCAGAUACGUUCGAACGAAUUCUAACUGUUUCGGAAACAAUACCUGUAAUUUCACGACAGUGAAAAACAUUCAUUCAACAUUGUAUAGUAUAAUUCGCGUAAUGUGUACGAAAUCGACGGUAAUAAUAAAUAGUAGACAUUUAAAAAACCAACAUGAUUGACGAUAUCAAUUAAUCGGGUUGAUUGCCGGAUUAACCUAUUGAUACGGGUUACUUCCUGUUUCUACAGGCUCCGUAUUCGUAUAUACAGAUUCGUUAUACACGAUGGAAGCGUACGAGCAAACGUGCGAAAGUACGAAGGAAUGAAAUAAAAAAAAAAAACACCUUACUCGACGGAGAUCAUUAAAAGGGCACGUCAAUGAAAAAUGAGGUUUUUCAGCCGCUCGGUGUUGUCUUUGGCUGAAAACAUGACAAGUUUAGGCGGCCCUAUGAUGAUCGCCAACGCUACCGGUAUUUUUAUUGCCAAUGCUACACUAUACGAUGGGCCUUUCACCGAUCCAAAAUCUCUGCAACAGACUUUGACUUACGUUUGGGUAGUUUUUCUUUCCACACUUUUAGGAUGCAUUAUCAUCACCACCGUAUUAGGAAAUGUAAUUGUUAUCACGGCAAUUUUGGUCGAAUCGCAUCUACGAACACCACCGAACUUUCUCAUUAUGUCUUUAGCAUUUGCUGAUUUAUUAGUUGCGAGCUUUGUGAUGCCGCUGGGUGCGGUUUAUGAGGUGACUCGUGAGUGGCGUUUCAGCCCGGAAUUGUGUGAUCUAUGGACUGGAAGCGAUGUACUUUGCUGUACAUCGUCCAUACUACAUUUAGUAGCUAUCGCUUUAGACAGAUAUUGGGCUGUAACAAACGUGGAAUAUAUACACAAACGCACACCUCGGCUUAUGUCGAAAAUGAUCAUAACAAUCUGGUCGAUAUCAUUUUUAGUAAGCAUCGCACCAUCUUUUGGAAUGAAAGACGAAGGAUGGUUAGACCGAGUGUUGCAACAAAAAAUCUGCAUCGUAAGCCAAGAUCUUCGUUAUCAGAUUUUCGCUACUGUUCUCGCAUUUUACGUGCCGUUGAUAAUAGUUCUAUUUCUGUAUUGGAAAAUUUUCCAGGCUGCUAAAUCUCGAAUACGUAAACAUACAGGUACGCAAGGAUCUUCAUCUGGACCUAAUGUUUACGCUCGUCAUGGAGGCGUUAUAGCAGGUUUAGUGAGCGGUUGUACAGGGCAAACGGGUAUAAUAGCUACAGCUAUCGUUGGUGCAAUCGGCCAACCACUACCGACAAUUACCGAAGGUACCACGACUAAUAUAACGACAAUGACCACAGGUACCAGCGGUAGUUCAGGAUUACCUACAAAAUCGAUGGCCGAUUUUGAGACAGAUGCACCAACCGAAGCUACCUCUAGUACUGCCCAGGCUCCAACACAGUUACCAAAACCUAAAAAAAGGAAAAAUAAAAAAGGACCUUUAGAUUCGAAACGAGAACGUAAAGCGGCCAAAACGCUGGCAAUUAUCACGGGCGUUUUUGUGGGCUGCUGGAUGCCUUUUUUUGUACUCGCUCUAAUUUUGCCACUUUGUCGCAAACUUCAUUGUAUUGUUCCUCAAUACGUUCUUUCGUUUUCCGUAUGGCUCGGUUACCUUAAUUCGACCAUAAAUCCGUUUAUAUAUACCACUUUCAAUCCUGAAUUUCGUAACGCCUUUCGACGUUUGUUUCGUGGGCAACGAGGACCACGGCGAGGUGGACCGCCACCACGUUACGUAUGACUAUCCUCCCAGCAUAGUUACCUGUAUGUUUUCUUAUCUUCAAUAAUCAUUUUUUUAUUUAUUGGAGUGCAAAUUGUUUAUUAUAUAAACGUUUAUUAUGAAUAUGAUAUUUUUUAUGUCGAUAUUAAAAUAUAACUAUAUUAUUAUAUUAUGUAUCGAAAAAGGUUCGCAAUUUAUCAAACGUGAAACAAAUUUCCUCUAUCGUAUAAUUAUUCUUAUUUGACAAUCAAAUUUUCUAUGUACGUAGAAAUUUACACACUACCUACCAACAUUUAACAGUAUAGAUUAAAUAAAUAAGCAUCGAUGAAAUUUUUAUGCAUGUAAGUACUCGCGUACAUACCUAUAGAUAUCCGAAAUUCAAAAACUGUCAAUUUAUUGUCGAAUUAAAAAAUCAUUUGUAUCCAGUUAAGGUCUUAUGUACACAGUUUGAAAAUUGUGGGCCUAUUUUUAUUUGUAUAAGAAUUUUUUUUCACUGUGAUAUUAAAAUUAUAAUGGACGAAUCAUUUUCAUUUAAUCAUAUCCGCGUUUUUUAUAUUACCGUAUUUUGAAAAUUAAGUAUACAUACGAUAGGAUUGACUCAUCAAAUAUCUAUACGUACACAAAGCAUUAAUUUUUGGAUUAUCUGCAUAUUUACACUAUUGCGACAUUCGACAUUUCCUAGAGUUACAAUACGUAUAUACGUAUAACUGUGUCUAAUAAAUCAAUUUCGUUUUAUGAGGUUUAGCAAACGUAUAAGUAUAAUAGGUACUCGAUCGACUUUCCGCAAACGUACCUAUCUCUCUAUAUACCUUGUGAACGACUUAAAUAAUUUAUGUGUUCGGUAAAUUACUAAAAUAAGAGGAAAUUAGAGUCUUUGAACGUGUAGAAUUAAUAAAUUCAUUUUUUAUCGCGAAUAUAAUUUACAUCCUUUUUAUUAUUGAUAAAAAUUAAUUUUCAAAUCAAGAAGUCAAUUACCCCUUUAUUUCGCGAAUGGGUACCUAUUUUUUAUUUUGAAAUUUUUAUGUCGAGUGGUUUUUAAGAAUUAAAUAGCCCAAUCCGAACAAAUUCAUGAUGGGUGUGUUUAAUAGUAGAAAUGAGACCUUCCAAACAGAUUUGCUUCAAAUUCAACUAAUUUCGAGAUAUAUGCAAGACUUUGAAGUUCAGCCGUUUCUUUUUUCACAAACGAGGCCAGGUCUGCUUCAAAAAUACCAAAAUACGUACUUAUUUACGGCAAACUGGGUAUGCAAAUUUAUUAACAUAUAUGUUGGUUAAAUUUACAUCAACUCGAGACAAAAGUAAAGUCUGGUCGUCCGAAUUCACUCUAAUUGUGCUUUCGAGUUCAUUUCGAUGGCCCAGUACUGUAGGGGAGGCUCGCAAUUCUUACAUUUUGCGAUUUCCUGCAAAACUAUCUGGUUACGAAAGUUGAAAUUUUGAUCUCAAGAUUUGAAAAAAUUGAAAAGAAUAUUUUUCCUGAUUCUAUUUUCAAAAAAAUGAGUUUAAAUCUCUAAACCAUUUCUCUGAAACACUUGUAAAAAGAUUUUUCCCGACCAAACUAAUUUAAAAAGCUUGAAUUUCAACUUUGAAGUUGAACUUUUAACUUUUCAUGUUGAACAUAAAAUUCGAAAGCUGCCAAGUUCAAUGUCCACUCUUUCUCCUCUACAAUUCGACCAUGGAGAUGUGUUAAUAUGUACCUACCUUAAGUUAAUCUAAAAUACAUAAUAAAAACGAUUCGAAGAUGAUUAGAAUUGAAAACAGAAGUUUUUCUAUAAACAAAGCAGACUAUUCCUACAACCUCAGAUUUAGGCAAACAUAGUUGCGUUGACUUUCGUUGGUGUUGCCGAUACAUGCAUACUUAUGUAUUACACCAAAUUGGAGGUCUCAUUUCUACACUAAAACACCUUGUAAGUAAAAUAGAGAUGAGUGAGGCACUUCGAAGUGUUGAAAAGUACCUGAAUUUAACCAUUUCUUUAUGUCUAUUUUAUAAUCACCUACUUCAUAAGUGUCGAUACAAUUACAAGUUUCUUCCACAAAAAAACUUCCGGUACCUAAUUUUAAUUUACAAUUAAAAAAUAUUCGUACUAAAAUAAAUCUUCGAAAAUUACCUUUUUAAAAUACUCUUUUUUCACGAACAUUCCUAAUAGCUCGAGAAUAAUUUAAUUAUAUCAAUUUAACACGUGACAGAAAAAUAUUACCUUACAAUCAUUCAUUUUGAUUCCUUAUGCAUUUAAAGUUGGAUAAAAAAUUAAAGAAAUUAUGAAUAUGACGCGAUAUGCGCCUCCGCAAAGGUAUAUGUUACUGGUAGAAGUUUUAAACUGUCAAUAUCACAUAAUGGAAGUGAAAAAUAGCAAUUUUUUGAACGUUUUUCAAUUUUAUUUUAUAAAUUUUUCGAAAUGUACUUUUCUUUUUAGCGGAACGAACAUUCAUCAUUAACAAACAUGCUAUGUAUAAGCCAAGUUUCGUCAUUUUUUCACAUUCAUACUGCCUUAAUCAAUCAUUCGAAGAAAGGCGAAAAAUAAAAAGACGAAAUGCCUAUCCAAAAAUUACCUACUUCAUACUCGCACACCCCCGCGACUUUAAUAUAAAAUUUCGCAACGCGUGUAAAAUACUGUAACUCGACGUUUGUUCAUCAAAAUCAGCUUCGGCGUAAAAUAUUAUGUGUGUUAUUAAAUGCACACGUACGAUAAAAACGAAGAAUAUAAAGUUACUUAUUGCAUUUAGAAUUAGAAUAAAUGAAGUAUGAAACUCGGUAAAGUAAAACUUUUGAACGUGUGGAAGAUCGACAUUUCAACUGAAUACAAAAUACUCGUUGGAACUUAAAAUAUUACGACAUGACUGCACUCUUGGUACUUGAAUUUUUAAUCGUUUUGUUUAACUGGCGAACUUAUGGUUUGGUACUACUGUAGCUUCAAAAUGUUAUCUAAACGAGAUUUCUCGGUAGAAUAGUAUUUUCUUCAAAAUUUAUUUGCAUUUGUUUAACUUCACACUUCAACUACAACAUAUGUACGUAUUAAACGAACUAAAAGCAAUAGUCUAAUAAUAUUUCAACGUUCCAUCCGAAUACAUAGGUAGCAUACCUAAAUAAUAUUAGAAUAAUGCACUUGUACUUACCUAUUUAUUCUUGUACCUAGUCGACAUAUUAUACCAAAACACACAAUAGGUACCUACGAUAGUUACAGCCAAACAGCUCUAAACAUAAGUUUUUGUUUAAGAUGUAUUGUUGUUAAAUUAAUGUAAUUUUUAAACCAUAUUGUGAAUGUGGAAUAAUAACUUGUGAUAAAAAAUAUCUUUCGAUAAGUGUGUCAGUAAUGUUAUUAGGUAAGUAACUGAAAUGAUGAAUUAACUGUAAUCAUAUAAAAAAAAUUAUAAUCAACAUCGUUCCAUUAUGCAUUUUAGUGAUUAGUAUGUACGUAUAAUGUACCUAUCGAUAGUACAUAUUUUUUGUACUUACAAUAAUCUUUAUUUUUGUCAACUUCAAAAUUUUUUGUGGACAUGAUUUUUAAUAAAAGUGUAACUAUUUAUUA